GUAAAUACAUACGCAAACUAGAACAACAAACGCAACAAAAGAACGAGCAGUUGCAAAUGCUCACAUCGUUUCCAUCUCCACAGCUAAGCUGAAGCACUCGCAAAGUCCGCAUCUAGCAAUGACGGACAAUGAGAUGUGCUAUGUCCAAGCACUUCAAUUAUUUACUGCCAACGAACGCCGCCCUUGAUUGGAUUCCCGUAAAAUCGUCCGCUGCAAAGCUACCAAGGGAUCUCUAGCUGCCUGCACGAGCUAGCAGCUAGCGACCGUAACAACAGUAAGACACAUUAUCGCCGCCACGUCAACCUCCAUACGGGCUUCUUAUUCUUAUAUAUGUACAAUAUAUAUAGAGAGAAAUCUCGACAGGAUUCGGCGUACGGCCGGGCAUGUCUGCGGACGAGCCUGACACCAGCUGCUACCGGUGGAGCCGCGACUUCGUCGUCGCGCACGCUAUCUUCGCCAGCGGCUUAGUCACGGCUCCGGUGGCCGUCCUCCUCCUCGUCAACCGCCCACACUCAGGCCGUGCCAUCUUCUUCGCCGCGUUCGCGGCAUUGUGCACCGCCGUCAGCCUCGUCCUCUGCCUCCACUUCUACGCCGAGCUCAGGAGUCCGCCCUGGCCGCGCUGGCUCUCCGCGUCGUCGACGAGCGGCCCGCGGCAGGAUGAGGAGGCAUCAAGAUCAUAUGUCGCCGGGGAAGGAACGACGACGCUGGCCAUGUCGACGCACGCCCUCCGCCACCCGGAGCAGCUCGCGAUUCACCGCGCGGAGGUGCAUGCCGCCGUCCUCGCAGCGGGGCGCUUCUUCCCGAGCUACGACUCCGUGGGCGAUAAUGGCGUGGCGGCCGAGGACUGCGCGGUGUGCCUGGGAGAGGUGGAGACGGGAGAGUCGCUGCGGCAGCUGCCGGCGUGCCAGCACGUGUUCCACAGAGAGUGCAUCGAUCCGUGGCUACGAGCGCACGCCACUUGCCCGCUCUGCCGUUCCGGCGUUCUCCCACCGCACGUGUGUCACACCCGGUUUUAA